AUGUCAUCAAGGAUUUGGCGAUCGUAUGCCUUGCGCUUCCUAGAUCAUACCAACUUCACGGUGACAAGCUUGACAGCAGGUGUCGUGCUGUACAGCUGUUCUGCUGGUGUGGCUUAUUUCAGUCUUGGCGCCGUUGCAUGUUCCUUGACUGUCAAAGUCUUGAAACGUGUCUUUCGCCAACCACGUCCACUACAUCCAAAGAAUAAAAGGACAUACGGGAUGCCCAGUACACACUCGGCGACGAUCACAUACUUUGGAACGUAUAUCCCCCUUGCGUGUGCAUACCUACCGAUACAUCCCUCUUUUCCUAGUAGCGCAAUGUCUAGGACUGUGCCUCCUCUCAUUGUCAUUCCUUGGGCAGCGCUUAUAGCCAUCUCCAGGAUCUGGCUGGGGCACCAUACAUGGCCUCAAGUCUUAUGCGGAUGUGCUUAUGGGUUUGCUUUCGCCUUCCUAUGGUUUGCUAUCUGGACCCACGGAGGGAGUCAAUAUGGUGACAUCGCUGAAGCGCAUGUACAAUCGUUGUUUGGGUAG